CCGGCCGCGUUCAACUUCGGCGACUCCAACUCCGACACGGGCGGCCGCAUCGCCGCCGGAUUCGAGCCCAUGCUCCCGCCCUACGGCUCCACCUUCUUCGGCGGCCCCGCCGGCCGCUUCUCCGAAGGCCGCCUCAUCCUCGACUUCCUCAUGGAUGCGAUGGAUAUGCCGUUCCUCAAUUCAUACUUGGAUUCUGUUGGUGCACCUAACUUUCGGGCUGGUGUUAACUUUGCUCAAGCUGGUUGUUCGAUUACUCCAGCAACUGCAACAUCUGUCAGCCCGUUUUCCUUUGGUCUUCAGAUUAAGCAAUUCUUUGCAUUCAAGGAAAAAGUCACUAGGCUGCUCUCUAAAGGAGAUAGGUACAGGCAUUUUAUUCCUCAGUUGGAUUACUUUUCGAAGGGACUCUAUAUGUUUGAUAUAGGUCAAAAUGACCUUGCUGGUGCAUUUUAUUCAAAAACAGAGGACCAAGUCAUUGCAUCCAUUCCGACUAUUUUGUUGGAAUUUGAAUCUGGGCUCAAGACACUAUACGAGCAAGGUGCCAGGAAAUUCUGGAUUCACAACACCGGACCUCUUGGCUGCUUACCUCAAAACAUAGAUCUUUGGGGCAAAGAUCCAUCACAACUGGAUGAACAUCAUUGUGUGGCAAAGCACAAUCGUGCUGCAAAGAUUUUCAAUUUACAGCUGCAUGCACUUUGCACAAAGCUGAGAGGUCAAUUUGCCGGAAGUGAUAUUACUUACGUCGAUAUCUACUCCGUCAAAUACAGCCUGGUCGCCAAUUACUCUAGAUAUGGGUUCGAGAGUCCCACCGAAGCUUGCUGCGGAUAUGGAGGGCCACCCCUGAACUACGAUGGUAGAGUACCGUGUGGACAGACGAAAUCCGUGAAUGGUAAUCUUGUAACUGCAAAAGGAUGCAGUGAUAGUACUGAAUACGUCAACUGGGAUGGAAUACACUACACGGAAGCUGCAAAUUUCCACGUUACAUCGCAGAUUCUUACUGGAAGAUACUCUGAUCCUCCGUUCUCCGAGAAGAUGCCGUUCCUCUUAAAACCGAGAUUCUAAGGUGUGGGUAACUUUCUUUCCACUGAAUCAGUAAGGCGAUGCACUGUCUUGCCUCACAAAUGAUGUAUGUAUUCACUUGUCAAUAACCAUAUAUAGCUUGUUUUC